CUUUUUUUGUGUCUAAGCCAAUGAUGUGUCACCAAACAGUAUGAGGAAGAAGGUGUGUGCUCUAGACGGACAGUUGAACGGCUCAUUCAUAUCUAGAGGCUCCACACAAGCAGGAUGGCGAGUAAAGUCACAAAGGAAAUAUCUUAUGCAGAUCUCAAAGCACUUCUGGGAAAGAGCCAGAAUCUCCUCCUUAUUGAUGUCCGCACUAAAGAAGAAGUGGAUAAAGGACGCAUCCCAGGGUCCAUACACAUCCCAGUUAACACAGUAGAGGAAGCUCUUGCAAUGGAGCCAGAAGAAUUCAAGUCCAAGUAUGGAGUAACCAAGCCACCAUUGGAUACCCCAGAACUGGUGUUUCAUUGCCAGAUGGGCAAGAGAGGGGCAACAGCCACAAGCAAAGCCCUUGAAGCAGGAUAUUUGAAUGCGUGCAAUUAUGCUGGAGGAUACAAGGAGUGGUUUGAGAAAGAGGGAAAAUAACUGAAGAAUUGCCUUAUUUAUUAUGUCUUUUCUAGUAACAAUAGCGUGGGUUUCCCCUCAGGUUUCAGAGGACUUAGGUGCUGUCUGGGUUACACUAUUUGUAGAAGAUUUUGAAGCAUGGAUUGAGGGUUUGGGUUCUGUUUAACAGAAUUCAAAAAAGCAUAUUUUUAAACAAAAUGGAAUUUAUAUUAAGGUAAAUUUAAACCACCAUUAUCACCAUGUCUGUGCAAAAGAAUUUAAAAGUCUGAGCAGAUAAUAAAUAAUAUCUUAAAAGCUUAACAUUUAAACUUGCCAGAGAAGAUGGUUUGCAUAUAUUAUAUCUGGGAAAAGUCCUCAAGGUAGUUUUCAUGCUCUUUGUUUUUUUUUUGUUGUGGUAUUUUGUUUUACAUUUUUGGGGCUUAUGUACUUGUUUUGAGGCUUGGAUGAACCAGAACCUUAAAAUGAACAAAAAAACAAUAAUCAUUACAGAUGAUAAGUAUCUUGGCAUUUUGUUUUUUAUUGUUUCAUAUUGUGUUUUAUAAGUACCUGUAACCAGCACAUUGGCUUUUUAAAAAUCUUUCUAUGCUCAGUUAUUCAAAUAAAUAAAUAUUUCUUAAUAAAUGUA